AUGAGGCAAGACAGUGUAUCUUUAGAAAGUGGUAAUGUUGUAGAAUGGACAAGUGAGACCAACUAUAUGUUCAGACUCAGUGCUUUCAGGGACAAGCUUCUCAGAUGGCUUGAUCUAAACCCCACCGCUGUGCAGCCCGCUAAGUUUCAUGCCAUUGUCAGACAUUGGCUGGAAGAAGGUCUUCAGGAUUUAUCUGUUUCUCGGCAGAGAGAUCGUCUAGGCUGGGGUGUACAGGUUCCAGAUGACCCUUCACAGUCUAUCUAUGUGUGGUUGGAUGCGUUAGUAAACUAUUUAACCGUGAGUGGUUACCCUGAAAGGACACAUCUUUGGCCACCUACUCAUAUUGUAGGUAAAGAUAUCCUCAAAUUCCAUGCUAUAUACUGGCCUGCCUUCCUGAUGGCUGCUGACAUACCACUACCAGCCAGUAUUAUUUGUCAUUCACAUUGGACUCGAGAUAGCUUUAAGAUGUCCAAGAGUAAAGGCAAUGUAAUUGACCCUUUUGAUAGAGCCGCACACUUCACUGCAGACGGCCUUCGCUAUUUCUUACUGAGAGAGGGCGUGCUUCAUUCUGAUGGAGAUUACUCUGACAUGAAAGUUUCUGCCCUGCUGAAUGCAGAGUUGGCUGACACAUAUGGCAACCUCCUCUCCAGGGUAGCUGCACCUACACUGAACCCUCAACAGGUCUUCCCUGUGCUAGAUAGCAACCUAUUCCCCAGCAUGUCUGCUCAGAGUAGUACUUCCAGAACAACGGACGAGGACUAUCUGUUGGUAGAGUCCGUCAAGAGGCUUCCAGAUAUCGUAGCUGGUCAUUACGACCAGUUCUUAUUUUAUCGAGGCUUGGAGGAGAUUAUGACUUGUCUUCGCAUGGCCAAUGCUUUCGUUCAACGCCAUGAACCAUGGAAUCUCACCAAGAAUCCAAUUGACAGACCAUGGUUGGAUUCCAUUAUACAUGUCACCAUGGAAACACUGAGGGUUUGUGGGAUACUGACCCAGCCGAUAGUUCCCGACCUCACAGACCGGCUUCUAACCAAGAUGGGAGUUGGAACGACGGAGAGAAGUUGGGAUCAUCUGAAGUGCUUCGAAGCCCUGGAAGGGGACGGCAGAGAGGGGUAUGGAGGGCGGAGGUUAAGCUCAAACUCUAGUGUGCUAUUUACGAGACUCAAGACCGUGUCACGCAGAUAACGAAAGCUUCUUUGAGGAAGUAGCGUGCAAUCUUCAUGCGAUCGAGGAAUACUGCCUUGAUGCCAUAUGCAGCCAGUAGGCAUCUAU